AAUUAAAUAAUUUAUUAUGAGCGACGAAUACGUGAUUGAGUCUAAAGCAGACAAGUCUGAGUCAAAGACUGCCGACUGGCCAUUGUUGUUAAAAGAUUAUGACAAGUUGAAUGUCAAAACUGGUCACUUUACUCCUCUUCCAAAUGGAUACUCCCCAGUUGCUAGACCAAUUGAUGAAUUGAAGAAUUAUGGAGUGAUUAACCUCGACAAACCAGCCAAUCCAAGUUCUCACGAAGUUGUCGCAUGGGUGAAGAAAAUUUUAAAAACUGAGAAGACUGGCCAUAGUGGUACUCUUGAUCCUAAGGUAACUGGAUGCCUCAUUGUCUGCAUCAACAGAGCCACCAGACUAGUUAAAGCCCAGCAGUCUGCUGGUAAAGAGUAUGUUGCCAUUGUGAAGCUUCAUGCUCCAAUUGAGAAUGAAAGUAUCCUCAAUAAGGCUCUCGAUAAGCUCCAGGGAUCUGUUUUCCAGAGACCUCCUCUGAUUUCUGCUGUCAAGAAGGUUCUCAGAGUCAGAACUAUCUAUGAGAGUAAGCUUAUUGAGUACGAUGCUGAGAAGGAAAUGGGUAUUUUCUGGGUCUCCUGUCAAGCAGGAACUUACAUUAGAACUCAAUGAGUCCACGUCGGUUACUACACUGGUACUGGAGCUCACAUGCUCGAGCUUAGAAGAGUCAGAAGUGGAGCUUUGAAAGAAGACGAAACUAUGGUCACCAUGCACGAUGUAAUGGAUGCUCAAUGGAUGUACGACAACUUCAAUGAUGAAUCAUAUCUUAGAAGAGUCAUCAUGCCACUUGAAGUGUUGUUGGUUGGAUAUAAAAGAAUUGUAGUAAAAGAUACUACAGUCAAUUCUAUCUGAUAUGGAGCCCAGCUCAUGCUUCCCGGAGUUCUUAGAUACGAAGAAGGUAUCGAAAUCGGCAAAGAAGUUGUUCUGAUCACAACCAAGGGAGAAGCUAUUGCUCUUGCUAUUGCUCAGAUGACUACUUCUGUCAUUGCAACCUGUGAUCAUGGUACAGUUGCUAAAAUCAAAAGAGUAAUCAUGGACAGAGAUCUAUACCCAAGAAAGUGGGGUCAAGGACCAUAUGCCUUGAAGAAGAAGCAGUUCAUCACCGAAGGUAAACUGGACAAAUACGGCCGCUCCACCGAAACCACCCCAACCGUCUGGAAGGAACUCUUCGAAAACCCGAACAAGUCCGUCAAAGUCUUGGAAGUCGAAAGCGACGAGACUGCACAGAAGCUGGUCCAGGAAGAGGAGAAGGCUCAGGAGCAACAGGCUGAGCAGGAGUCUGCAGAUCAAGAAAAGAAAGAGAAGAAGGAAAAGAAAGAAAAGAAGAAGAAAAAGAAGGCAAAGGACAGUGAUGAUGAGUAA